AUGAAUUUUCAACAUAUUUUUGUGCUCAUUCAAUUCACAGCAAUGACUGAAUGUGAUAUUUUGGCAAUAAAACAUGAAAAUGACACAAAAUUAGUUUCAAACUACAUUUUGUCAGUUUGUGAAGAUUUUUUCAUCAGAAAAUCGAUGAAAUUUGACGUCAUCGUGUUUGAAAGUUCAUCAGAAAGGAUCAAUGACAUCAGAACUGGAAUUAUAAAAGAAUUUGGUCAAAAAUAUCCAAUAAGAACAUGUAUGGCUUCUUAUUUUAAAAGACAUUACUUUGAAAACUCCGCAUUGAUCCUGAUAAAAGACAUGGCAAGCUAUUUGAGGUACUUAGAGACAACAAUUUUUGUGUCCUUUGAUCCAACAAUAAUAAAAAUCAUAGUUUAUGUCGAUGACACUCAAUUCUCAAUUCCUGACAUGGUUGACUUCCAUGACCAUCCUUAUCUUAGAUCUGUUGAGUACUACAUCCUUAAUUCCAAUGACACACUGACUCUAGCAACUUAUGACUCAUUUUCAAGGACAAAUUGUACCCAGCAAGAACUCAAAAUUCUCCAAAAAUUCGACAAAAUCAAGAAAACUUCAACUAAAAAUGUCAAAAACCACAAAAAGUUUUACAAUUUUAAUGGAUGUCCACUAAUAAUCACACCAAGUUACGGACCGUUAUUAUUCCUCAAAGUCUACAACCAAAAAGUCAAAAACUGUAAAAAAUCACGAAAAACUCGAUGCAAUCAACUUUCAGUCGAUCAAUAUGAAAAGCCUCAAGGUUUUUCUGUUGACUUUUUUAAAAUUUUAGCAAAAAUUCACAAUUUCAAGCCCGAUUUUCAAAUUAUCAAAAAAUCUCAUACGGCGGCCAGAAAAGGUCCAACUGUUGAUGUGAUGAUGAGCUCAAUUAGUUCUGACUCUGUAAUGUCAUCAUUAUUUCAAGAGUUUAGCUACAUUUUCAUCACUAAAACAACGACUUUAGAUACAUUUGAGCUAUUGACUCAUUCUUUCAACUUCCACACCUGGAUUGCUGUCUUAACCUCGCUUUUUGUAGCUUUUAUUGUGAUUUUCUACAUGAAAUUGAGGUUAGGAAUUGUCAGGAUUCAUCCACGUAAGGAACUCACAAGACCAGCACUGAAUGUACUUCAAAUUGUCUUUGGAUGUCCUCAAAAGAAACUUCCGCGCGCGAAUUUUGGACGAUUUUUGAUUAUUUUAUUUAUUGGACUUUGUCUUGUUCUGAGAAUUUGUUAUUGGAGUCAAUUGGUUGGAUUUAUGACUAGUCGGGUAGAUAAAAUGGAAUCGAGAACUGUUGAGGACCUGAUUGAUGGGAGUUAUACGGUUUACACCUGUUCUGAAGACAAUUUCUUAAUAGAAAGUGAGACUUGGAAUAACAUCAGAGUCAACACAGAUUGUGAAAUGUCUUCAAUUAAUUACUGUGAAAUAUUGCAAAACUCUAAACAAAAUGUUGGAUUUGUAACAGAAAAGCGAAUGUUGGCGACAUUUACAAAAAUUUGUAAUGAAUUAAAUUUGUCCGUAAUGAUUAUUGACGAAAGCAAAAUAAUGUUUACUUUUACAACAGAAUAUUUUAGUUUUUUUAAUAGUCAAAUUAAUGAUAUUAUAGAUAAAUUGGUUCCAACUGGACUCGCUCUGUAUUUAAUGGACCAACAUACUAGAGAUUAUUACAUUGUCGAUGAUGAAACCAAGAAAAAUAAUGUAAAAAUUCUGAAUUUAGAAGAUUUUAAGUUUUUGGUAAUUUUAUGGAUUAUUCUUGCUGGAAUUUCAAUUGUUCUCUUUAUUUUGGAAUAUUCUAUAGCUGCUGUGAAGGAAAUUUUAAUUUAUUUUUUGAGAAAAAGUUACUCAAGUCUUGCACUUUAA